GUAUGAGGUCGGUUGCGGCCGUUGCUCCGGAGAGAAGUUGUUGGGCCUAGCGAUGGGAGUCUUCCGAUGGUUCUAUGUUUUGCUGGUUACGGCGCUGGCCGGGGCGGCCAAGCCCUGCUUCCCGGGAUGUCGGUGCGAGGUCGAGACCUUCGGCCUCUUUGACAGCUUCAGUUUGACCAAAGUGGAUUGUAGCGGCGUCGGUUCCCACGUGGUUCCGGUUUCCAUUCCUUUGGACACGUCCUACCUGGAUUUAUCCUCCAACAGCCUAGAAAGGGUUAACGAGUCGGUGCUGUCCGGCCCCGGCUACACGACCCUGGUACACCUCAAUCUGAGUUACAACCGCAUCGUCCAGAUAUCCGCCGCCACGUUCUCCAAGCUGAGAUACCUGGAGUCCUUGGACCUCAGCAACAAUCGCCUGGAGGCCCUUCCCCCGCGGAGCUUUUAUUACUCGCGGCUCGUGGACCUGGACCUGAGCGCUAACCAUCUGUCCGAGGUCCGCACGAGCGCGUUCCUGUCGCGGACUCAAGGGAAGACCCUGAACAUCGACCUCUCGCGGAAUAACAUUGUAUCGGUGACGCGGGACCGCGACGCUCCGCCCCCCAACAUCUGGAGCCUGAAUCUGUCGGAGAACCGGCUGUCGUCGGUGCCCGACCUUCAGGGCAUUCCGCUCCGGAACCUGAAUCUGGACCAGAACCCGAUUUCCGCGAUUGACGCUCGCAGCUUUUUGGGCGUGGAGAGCUUGACCCACCUGUCGCUCGGCAGCCUGCCGCCCUUACGAGGGAUCGCGCCGCGCAGUUUCAAGGAGCUGCCGCUUCUCCAAGUCCUCGACCUCUCAAACAACCGCAAUCUGCAGUCUCUGAGCACCGAGGUCUUUAUGGGUCUGGACUCCUUACAAGAGCUGAACUUGCUAUAUUCUGGGGUCGCUUUCCUGCCCAAAGACACCCUCAAGCACCUGCCCUCCAUGAAAAGCAUCACCUGGGGGCAAAACAUUCACUGCAUGAAGACUGUGAAGGAAAGACAGUUUCACGUUAAGAAUGGGCUGAUCCGAAAGGAAAUUCUAAUCUGCCGUGACAAUAAGGGAGCGCUGUCUGCGCAGGACGUCUUAUAA